UCCCCUGGAAGACGAGGCCACUUCCUUCCUCCUGAAUCCUGAUCUCCCACGGGUUCCCCUCGAUGGCGACGCCCCGCUCUCCGAGCCCCCGCGCCGACGCGCCCCUCGACUCGGCGCCGCUGCUGGGCGGCGCCACCGGCGGCGGGAGCCGGCGCCGAGGCGGCGCGCUCCGGCGGCCUUCCCUCCGCGGCGCGGCGCGGCUGCUGCGCCGCGGCGGGCGGCGGGCGAUGCGUGAGCCGUCGGUGCUGGUGCGGGAGGCCGCGGCGGAGCACCUCGAGGAGCGGCAGGCGGACUGGGCCUACUCCCGCCCCGUCGUGGCGCUCGACCUGCUCUGGAACCUCGCCUUCAUCACCGUCGCCGCGGUCGUCCUCGUGCUCAGCCGCGACGAGGACUCGCCCAUGCCGCUCCGGACCUGGGUCGCCGGCUACGCCCUGCAGUGCGUCGUCCACAUGGUCUGCGUCGCCAUCGAGUACCGGAUGCGCCACGGCCAGCGCGGUGGGGGGCCAGCGCCCGCCGAUGAGGAAAGGGGUAGCGAUGGAUCGUCCUCGUCCAGCGAUGAGGAUGACAGGGAGCUUGAUCACCGUGGUCGCCGCACCGAUUACGCCAGUAUUGCAAAGCACUUGGAGUCUGCUAAUACGAUGUUCUCCUUCAUAUGGUGGAUAAUUGGAUUUUACUGGAUAUCUGCUGGAGGUGAAGAGGUUAUCCGGGAUGCACCUCAACUUUACUGGCUUUGCAUAGUCUUUCUGGCAUUUGAUGUGUUCUUUGUUGUAUUCUGCGUUGCUCUGGCUUGUAUCAUUGGUAUUGCUGUUUGUUGUUGCCUCCCUUGCAUCAUCGCAAUUCUCUAUGCAGUGUCUGAUCAGGAAGGGGCAUCUGAAGAUGAUAUUCGUCAAAUCCCAAGAUACAAAUUUCGGCGGACUGAUGAGCCUGAAAAGCAAGAUGUUGACCCCAUGGGGCCUUUUGGUGGAAUAAUGACAGAGUGCGGCACUAAUCAACCUAUUGAGAAAGUGCUUGCAGCUGAAGAUGCAGAGUGUUGUAUCUGCCUUUCAGCAUAUGACGACGGUGCAGAGCUGCGCGAACUCCCUUGUGGGCACCAUUUCCACUGCACCUGCAUUGAUAAGUGGCUGCACAUCAAUGCAACAUGCCCCCUGUGCAAGUACAACAUUCGGAAAAGCAGCAGCAGCAGUGGAAGUGAAGAAGUAUGAAUGCCCGCCUCUUGACAAUGCCGAUCCGUUUCGAGUUCGUGCCUGAGCCGUUGCUAAUGUGACUCCAGGUUGUGACCGGUGUAAAUUUUUGUAUCCAAAAUGUGCUGAUAGAGUCAAUUAUGUAUUAAAGUUACCCAAAGUGCUGUCCAUAUGUCGCAUAAGUUAAUAAAUAGUUGGGUGUGCAUCUGUAUUUACAGUCGGGAAUAUAUGAUUAGUUGGACCGGAACUUGUAUUAUGAGUGAUUGAGGCUUUUUCCUGCUUGCUUGUGUCAGGUAAUGCUGGUAA